AUGAUAAAAUUAUUCUCGGCUAUUCUGGCCCUGUCCGUUAGCCUUCAUGCGCAUAUGAUCCAGCGAGAUAAAUCUGACUCUACGGAUCGCAGUCAAGAUGUAAAGGCAACGGGCACCAAGUUCGUUCAUCCAGGUAUAUUCGUUGACAGGUCCCAGCUGCGGCGCAUGAGAUCAAAGGUCCAGGCCGGGGAGCAUCCAUGGACUGAUGCCUACACUGCCAUGAUGAAGCAUCGUUAUGCCAAAAUUACAGCUCCUAUGCCACACAAAAAUGUCAAAUGUGGUGCUUAUUCGAAGCCAGACGACGGGUGCUCUGACGAACGAUCUAAUGCCAUGGCAGCCUACCUUAACGCUUUAGCUUGGUUUACACAUAAAGACCAAUCCAAGGCUGACCUCACCAUCUCUAUUAUGAACGGCUGGGCAAAAACUAUCAAGCAGCAUACUGGGGAUAAUGCCCCCCUUCAAGCUGCAUGGGCUGCUUCCCUUUGGGCCCGAGCAGCGGAAAUCCUUCGAUAUUCCGGCGCUGGGUGGACAUCGGACGAUAUUGAGUCUUUUAAGAGAAUGCUUAAACAUGUGUAUCUCCCAAUCGUUAAGCAUGGAUCUAAGAAGCCUAAUAACUGGGAAUUAAGUCUUAUGGAAGCAAGCAUCUCUAUUGCGGUUUUCUUAAAUAAUAGGACUUUAUAUGAGGAUUCCUUAACACGCUUUAUUAAAGCUGCAAGCUAUUACAUCUAUCUGAAGAAAGAUGGCUCUGAACCAAAGAGGCCACAAGGAACGACUAAAGAGACGCUGGUAAAUUGGUGGCAUGGCCAAACAAAAUUCUUGGAAAACGGAAUACCUAUGGAGGCUUGUCGAGAUCUUAUGCACUCAAGUUAUGGUAUUGCCUCAAUUAGCCAUGUAGCCGAGACUGCGCGAAUCCAGGGAAGAGACCUAUACUCUGAGGAUACUGGCACACGCUUGAGAUACGCACUCGAAUUCCUCACAAAGUACGAUACUAAGAGAGGGUCCACGAAUCCACCAGCCUGGCUUUGUAAUGCGUUCUAG